CUCAUGGGUGAUAAUCACAGGAGCAUGUUUCUUUUGAUUGCUUUCCUCAUUCGUCUCUCUCUCGUUCUCGUCAUCCUCACGCACAUUCGCCACGCCCGCCCGCACACCUCUCCUCUGUCCUAACGUACGUUGUGCUGCUUCCAGGCUGUCCCCUUGCCCAGCCUUCAUCGCGGCGCGCACCCUUGCGAACACAGGUGGCGGCGGGGUCGAGGCAAAACAUCGGAGCAGCUAACAAUUCGUCAACUCCAAGCGACGCUCACGGAGCAAAGACGAGGCGCUCGUUGUGUUGGAAAGAAAGGCCAGAAACAUCGCAGAUUGCGAAGGAAACAGAAAACUCCAUGAAAGAUAAUACAUUGAGCUCAUUCGCCAUGGUCGCCGGGUCUGUAAGGCGUUUGUGGAUCAUCACCCUCUUCAGCAUUCUCGUCAUAUCCUCCAUCAGUGCAUAUGCACAAGCAGCCGACCCAAAUGCAGGGCCGGUAACAGGCAACGCCGUAGCUCAAGCGCAACAGAGUGGCUCAUCAGCCUCUGCGACAUCCACCAUCCCAGACUCGGCACCGAUUGGUGGUGUAACAGUGACGCAGCCUGCUGAGACGGCCGACGCAUCCUACUAUAAGAUCGCACCCGGCGUCAAAGUGACGUUUGGGUGGAACUUCACCUACGUCCUGCAGACACCCAAGACUCUCUUCAUCAAUGCGAUUUGCACCAAGAACUCAAAUACAUACAGUCUCGCAGGACCGACUGGCCUACCCGGAACCGCGACCAACUUCACAUGGGACCCAUAUGCAUACUACCAAAGCGCCCCAGCGUCCGGCCUACCGGCGCUGAUCCAAGCGACGUAUCGACUGGUCAUCAGCGAUCCAGAGGUCACUGCAAACGCAGCGGGUAAAAUGGCGACGAACAGCAAGGUCCAAUUUGCACUCUACAUUCCGCAACCAUACACGCCUUUAGCAAGCUACAUUUGCGGUGACUGCUCAGGUGCUGCAGGUCUACGUAGCGUACCGCCUGCUAUGCUCGCGCUGAUUGCAACAUUCACAGUAAUGCUUGCAGGAGGAUACGGAGUCCUUGUUCGUGGCUUGGGAGCCGGACAGUUGUGACAACGAGGCCCUAUUGGAAUGUAUCACAUCAGAAGCUUCUCGUCGCUGCGAAGAGGACGAGUCUCUCAACGGACAAUGCCAACAAAAGUUGACGCCUUCGUGUGAUUUUAUGAACACUGCUCCCAACGGGACUUCAAGUCUCCCCUGCCAGGCUGUUACGUCCGUCAUUUGCUAGAGGCCUUGCCGGCUUCCCCAAUGAAGAUACAUCACAGGCACAUGCGGCUCAACCUCAAUGUGCACGCUUUGCAUUGUCACUGCAUCGCAUCCCCUUUCCGGCUUCGGCCGUCUUUCCCCUUCACACUCCACGUGUUUCUCUGUACUGCAGUCACAUCAUCUGCCUCGACUUCAUUGCUUCGCGGAAACGACAAAAGAAGCAAGCUCGACGCACAAUUUGAUGUAAGUAUUCUGCACCGCAAUGUAUUUGCC